AUGUUGUCGGCAAAAGCAUUCGGUGGUGGUCCGUCGUCGGCACGGACCCAGAGCAGCGCCUGUGUUCUAUGGCUGAUCAUCUGCAAGACGGCCAAGUUCCAGCUGGCCAACACCCUGACCAGCGUGAUCAUCAUAGCUGGUCCCAUCCUUGUAUUCUUCAUCUACUCGGCCACGGCUGUCCUCCAAACGUCGCCCGAGGAUCCGCCCAGAGAUCCGACGGUCAAUUUAACAGCCGAUGUACCGUAUGUAUUAUAUGUUUCUGCCUGGGGCGAACAGCCCUGGAUUGCCAUACUAAUCCAGGCCUUCUCCGUGACCCAAAAACGAAACAGAAGCAUUUACUAUUCGCCCAAGAAUCGUAUUGUCGACGAAAUCAUCGAGGAUGUGGCCCGCGAGGUAAAGGCCAUGGAAACCAAAGGCUUCACCUCAGCGGACAAAUUGGAGAGCGCCCUCAUUGAGCAGUCUGCCUUCGUGGGCAUUGAGUUCGAAGACUCGUUUCACCAGAUUACCUCAAUGCCGGACAAGGUGUCGGUGGCCGUGCGCUACCCAUCGCAACUACGCGCCACACCGAAGCUGCGCUGGGAUGGAAGGAUAUACUACAAGAACAUGUAUCUGGGCACCGAUUACUAUCUGGCCGAGAGUUUCCUGAUGGUUCAGGUCAAGCUGAGCGAGGCCUUGAUUAGGGCAAAGAGAGAGAACGCAGUCCUGCCGGAAGUGCAACUGAAAUACUUUCCCGAGGCCAAACGCAUGGAGGGCACAUUUAAAGAGUCGCGGGUGGCUCUGUGCGGGUUCCUCUUUUUGCCCUUUGCCAUAUCAUCGGCAUAUCUGGCACAGGUAAUCAUUGAGGACAAGCAGAUGUGGGCCAUGAUGCGGGUGCGAGGAUGGGUGCACUGGCUCUCUUGGUUCAUUGUGGCCUUUCUCCUCUUCUUGGUGUCAACCAUAUUUCUGGUGGGCCUGCUGAAGUGGCGCUUCUAUCGGAUGAGCAACGUGUUCUUGGUCCUGGUCUUCUUCUGCGUUUACAUUAUGGAGCUGCUGUCCUCGGCCCUCAUGAUCGCCGCCAUAUUCUCGGACAGCAUCGGUGUUCAGUUGACCAUCCUGUUUCUCCACAUGAUUAGCUGGCUGCCCUGGCGGCUCAUGGUCUUGGGUUACCAAGCCACCUCCAACCGUACCUAUCUCGCGUGCCUGUUCCUAAACAGCGCGCUGGCCUUGGGCCUAGAGAAGUUCAUUGAGCACGAGAACCUCUUCAUGGGCAUGCAGUGGAAUAUGGUAUUCAAGAGGACCGAUCCCAACAACACCAUAAGUUUGGGCAUCAUAAUGAUUACCAUGAUGCUGGGCACGGUCCUGCGCAUACUCAUGCUUUGGUAUGUGGAGGAACUGAAGGGUGCAAAGUCCAAAAAGUGGUACUUUCCAUUUCAAUCCUUGUUCUGCUCGCGGAAGGCUCGAAAUAGGGUCAAUGAUGUGGAGCAGCAGGAAUUUCAGGAGAACCAGGAUCAUGAGCCAUUGUCUAACAGGAACCGUAACAUCAUGGUCCAGACCACCAAUCUGGAGAAAACCUACAAUGGCCACAAGGUUAUCCGUAAUAUUAGCUUGAACUUCUAUCAGGAUGAAAUCACCGUGUUUCUGGGUCACAAUGAUUCCGGAAAGACUACAACUUUUCGGAUGCUGGCCGGGAUUGAACAGCCCGACGCAGGUGACAUUACCAUCAAUGGGUACGACCUGGCCACCCAGGAGCGCAAGGCGCUUCGAUCGCUUAGUUUGUGUCCGCAGAUGAACAUGUUCUUCGACAAGCUGAAGGUCAGGUGGCACAUCAAGUUCUAUUGCCGGCUGCAGGGAAUGAAUCAGAAGGAGGCUUCUGCCGAGGCGGAUAAAUAUCUGGAGAUCGCUCACAUGGAGGAGUUUGCCAGCAAGACGGUCAACGUUUUGUCCAACGGAUUCAAGCGAAUGUUGGCGCUAUGCUGCACCCUGUGCGGCAACUCGAUGGUUGUUCUCUUGGAUGAGCCCGGCACCGGUAUGGAUCCGCUGAUGCGUCGCGGAAUGUGGGACCUGCUGCGAAAGGAACGAAAGGGACGCUGCAUCAUAAUGUCCACCCACAACAUGCUGGAGGCCGAGGUGGUGGCGGAUCGAAUCGUGAUCAUGUGCGGUGGCGAGGUGAACGGCUACGGUACCACCAGCUUUCUCACCCAGAUCGCGGACUCGGGUGCUGCGUACAUUCUGAUCUGUACCAAAAAGGACACCUGCUUGGUGGCGGAGGUGACGCAUUUUCUGCAAAUCCGCUUUCCGGACAUCGAGCUGGUUCAGGAGUACGGCAUUUAUGUGACCUACAGACUACCAGCCAAGGAUGUGCGGCAAUAUUCGCAGUUGUUCCUCGAGUUGGAGGAGGCUAUAGAUAAUCUAAUGCUCAAGGAGUUUAGUGUGAGAGCCCCCACGCUGGGUGACCUCUUCCUGCGGAUUGGUGUGGAGUUGAAGAGCACGCGGGACACUGUUGUCGAAAUGGAAGGAGAAACGCGAGCCUUGCCCAUGUGGUCGCUGAUCGAUCUCCUGCCCAGCUUUGAGGUGCGGGAGGACAAUGACCGCGUUAAAUGCUGCAAUCAGUGGCUGGCCAUCAUGGAACGUAAAAUUAUCUUUAUGUGCCGACACCGGUGUCUCUUUCUCCUCAUCAUCCUGAUGCCCAUCUUCAUCGCCUCGCUGCAUAUCAUAUUUGAGCUCUUCCAAUUGUGGAUAGACAAAACUACUCGAGAGAUUAAAAUCACCGACAUAUCCCAUUCCACUGCGACCUUGGUGCUUGAGUCAAAGGAAGACGAUGCCAUAUCAGAGUUUUAUACGCGGAAUGCUAUGCUGCACGGCGUCAGUACUCAGAGCACAGAGGGCGUUCCCUUUGGUGACUAUAUCCUGGAACGCAUAAAGAAGGAUGAGAUGAAUUACUAUCGAACAAUUGCGGCAGGCGCUACAAUCGAUCAAGUUAACAGGUCCAUUGUCGCCUGGGCGAAUCAGAAGUUGGAGCACGGCUCCGCCCUGGCCUUGGGCCUGGUGUACGAGUCCCUGGCUUUGGCAUUGGCACAGCUGAAAAUCGAAAUUGUGAACAAACCGCGCGAGAAUACUAUAAAAGAGGCAGUGCGGGCACUAAGCCUGACCACCUACAUGGACUUCUCAUUCACUGCGAUGCUUUACCUCGUCGUCGUCACGGCCAUAUUCGCUGUGACGCUGGUGACGGAGCGACAGACGAGCCUGCAGCACCAACAGAUAGCCAGCGGCAUGAACCGGAUCACCUACUGGUUGUCGCACCUGUUCUGGGACUACUGCCUAUAUAUCACCAUGAUCCCCACGCUAAUCAUAAUCGCAGCAAUUGCUCAGGGCUCAAUUGGUCCCAUAACGGUCUUACUGCUCAUCUUUGGCUUUUCGGUCAUUUCGUUCACCUACAUGUUUUGCCUUAUCUCCAAUGAUUUGGGGAAGAUGUUCAGCAUAAUGAUGUACGUGAACAUGAUAGGCGUCUUGUCCUUCUUUAUUCAUCCCCUACGAUAUCAAGACCGCUACAAAAUCUUUGAAGACAUACUCAGGGUUCACCCGCACUAUGCGUUAUUUAACGGCGUUCAAGAUACCGUCUACAAAGAAGGCACUCUGACUGUCUACCAUAGUUUGAAAAUGACAGGAUUCUCAUUGAAGGAACAGAAAAGAGAUAAUUACAAUAUGGUGGAGAUUAAGUACAUGGUUAUAAGCGGAAUGGUGUAUCUUAUGAUGGUCCUUAUGUCGUGGAUUCCACGUCGGCUCAAUUACCUUUUCAAGUCGAUUAAGAACGAAAAAAUACAACCAGCCCUCGACGAAGAGGAUGCAGAAGUGAACCUAAUGCGACAGAGGUUGGAGAUAAUCACCACGAAGAACUACAAGAGCUAUCCCCUUAUCAUGAAGAAUGUGUCCAAACGCUAUGGGGAUGUUGUAGCAGUUCGCGCUCUAACGCUCAACAUAAACCCGUACGAGUGUGUCUGCUUGUUGGGUCGGAAUGGUGCUGGAAAGUCCAGUACCUUCUACAUGGUCAUGGGCAAGAGAUCACUUACCGCGGGCACUCUUCAUAUUAAGGGCUUCAGCAUCAAGAAACGUUCCAAGCAGGGCCUAAAGCACGUGGGCUUCUGCCCGCACGAGGAAAUGCUGACACCGUACAUGACUGGCUGGGAAACUCUGCGUUUCUUUUGCCUGAUCAACGGCAUUCGGCAGAGUCACAUCCCAAUGGUGGUCAGGGCAUUGGUCGAAAGCUUCAGUCUAGGCACGAACAUGGACAAGCCGAUCAGAACAUAUAGCAAUGGCACCAAGCGGAAGCUGAUGAUAGCUGUGGCCGCUCUGGCGCCGACGCUGCUUUGCCUAGAUGAGCCCACCGCCGGAGUGGACAUGUAUGCCAAGUACGAAAUCUGGGACAUUUUGGACAGCAUGCGGCAAGGGGGUCGUGCCAUUUUGCUAACCACGCACAGCAUGGAGGAGUGCGAGAUACUGGGCUCCACUUUGGGAAUCCUGGACCGUGGAACGCUUCUCUGCUACGGAAACUUGGCCCGCCUUAGGUCCCGCUUCGACAAGGGGAUCUUUGUUAGAAUUAAGGUGGGCACUAGGACGGAACUCAAUAUAUUGAGGGAGGAGGGUCUUCGAUUUGCCAAUAGGUACAACAACUCUCGAACAACUCUUGGCUCCCUGAAGUUAUCUAUUCAUACAGUCUCUAUGCAUGAUUAUGAAAUGCACACGGAUCACUCGACGAGCUCUGAAGCGGACAUUCGUGAUGAUUACGAGGGUCUGUUGAAGGUCGUGGAGGAGUGGUUCUUGGAGGACCAUCCAUACAGUGUCGUAACUGAAAAGUUCUCCUUUCGAGGAAUGAUUACCUUUGUCAUACCCAAGGAAAAUAUACGAUGGUCGAAAAUUUUUGGCUAUAUGGAAGGAGUCAAAAAUCAGCUGCAGAUAAUGCACUAUUCAAUCAGCCAUACAACGCUCGAGGACGUGUUCUCGGACUUCGUGAGGGAGCACAAUAAAUAGGGCAUAAAUGAAUCACAGUGCCAGAGAGCCCUCUCUUAUCGUUCAACUAUAUAUAGUUACUAACUAGAUGGAUUUGGAUGGCUAUCUAUGAAAGCUUCUGCCGUGAAAUGCUAACGAAUUGAUUAAUUUAUCGCUUGGCGUUGCGGAAUUGCCAGAGAAAUGAGAGUAAAUAAACCAAGCCGACUAAUGCCGACUCAUCAUGAUCAACAACAACAACCGGUAUUGAGAGAUUUGGACAUUUUUGGACCCUAAUUAAUACAUAUGUAUUUUGUAUUGUAUGUUUACAAAAUUUUGUAAGUGGAGAGGAGAACAGACUUGUAAUGCUAUAUAUAAAUAUUAAAGCAUAUUAGAAAGGGCAACCCAAAGUCGCCUAAACUCGA